GCCGAGUGGGCCAAUCCGCGCAGGCGGGAAAGCUCCGGCCGCAAGAUGGCGGCGCCCAGGUGCGCGCACGUGGAGGGGGCCGAGGCGUUGGAUGCCGUGUUCCCGCGGGACGUGGGGCUCUUUGCCGAUGCCUUCCCCGCCGAGGCCCGGUACCACUUCUGCGGCCACGGGCUCCGCAUAGCGCAGCACCACGGCGCCCGGCUCGGCGUGGCGGCGCCCGUCUGGGAGGCGGCGCUUGCCCUGUGCCAGUACUUUGAGGAGCAGCAGCUGGAUUUCCAGGGCAAGCAGGUGAUUGAGCUGGGUGCUGGGACGGGCAUCGUGGGCAUCCUGGCCACCCUGCUUGGGGGAGAUGUGACCCUCACGGACCUUCCGCUGGCUUUGGAGCAGCUCCGGGAGAACGUAGCCCGUAACGUGCCAGCGGAGCACAUGGUUCGGGCCCGCAUCCGCGCCCUGUCCUGGGGCCUGGAUCACGAGCAGUUCCCGAGUGGCUAUGAUGUCAUUCUGGGGGCUGACAUCAUCUACCUGCGGGACACAUACCCACUGCUGCUCCGCACCCUACAGCACUUGAGCGGCCCCAGCUCCACCAUCUACUUGGCAUCCAAGAUGCGGCAGGAGCACGGCACGGCCGAGUUCUUUGAGACGCUGCUUCCCCGGCACUUUGCCUGUGAGCUGGUCCAGCGGGACGAGCAGGAGAACAUUAGCAUUUACCGGGUCACACGGCGGUGAGGCAGGGGCUGCGCUUUGCCCCCGGAUUUAGGGGGACGGGUGCGGGCUUUUCUAACCAAGCCGCAUCCGUAGUAAAUCAGCAUCCCCAUUGAUCGAGCCACCAGCAUCCACCCGUGCUAGGGGGAGCGUGAUUCUACUCUCUGGACAAACACAGAACUGGACCAUGUUUCUGUGCCAGCAACAGGGAGCCAGGACAUUACCAGCCCUCCCCUCCUGCAUUGGGAGUGGGUGGAUGUGGCAGCCCCCAGAACCAGAUGCCAGCUUUGGGGAGAUGUUUUUGGAGGAGGAUUCUGGGCCACCAGCAAAAGAACCUCAUACCAGGAAAGCCAGGAGGGAAUAACCAGCAUUGAACGUCCCUUCAGAGACACCGUGGUGCCUUGCAUGUAUCUCUUUUCUUUUUUUGUUGUGAUGCUCUAUGAGAAAUAAAGGUGGGUUUCAUGCCA